AUGACAUUUAAUGUAACAUCUAUCUAUCUAUCUAUCUAUCUAUCUAUCUAUCUAUUUUCUUAUCGCAACUAUUCUGUUCAUAUCUAUCUAUCUAUCUAUCUAUCUAUCUAUCUAUCUAUCUAUCUCUUUUCUUAUAUCUAUCUAUCGCAGUCUGUUCAUAUCUAUCUAUCUAUCUAUCUAUCUAUUUCGUUUCUUAUAUCUAUCUAUUACAGUUUGUUCAUAUCUAUCUAUUUAUUUAUCUAUCUAUAUAUUUCAGUCUGUUCAUAUCUAUCUAUCUAUCUAUCUAUUGUCAAUAUCUAUCAAUCUAUCUAUCUAUCUAUCUUUAGUCAAUAUGUAUCUAUCUAUCGUUUGUUAAUAUGUAUCUAUCUUUUGUCAAUAUCUAUCUAUCUAUCUAUCUAUCUCCGUUUAGGUCCUUUUUUAUUUUUCUCUUCUUUCUUUCUUUCUUUUUCUUUCUUUCUUUUUACUUUCUUUCUUUUUCUUUUUUCUCUUUCCGUCCUUUUUUUUCUUAUCUUCUUUCUUCCUCUUCUCUUUCUUUCUUUUUACUUUCUUUUUUCUUCUUUUUUCUUCUUUUCCUCUUUCUUCCUUUUUUAUUUUUUUUUUCUUUCUUUCUUUUCUUUUUUACUCUUUCUUUCUUAUCUUCUUUUUCUUCUUCUUCCUCUUCUCUACAGUCCUUUUUUAUUUUUCUCUUCUUUCUUUCAUUCUUCCUUUCUUUUUUACUUUCUUUCUUUCUUAUCUUCUUUUUCUUCUUCUUCCUCUUCUCUACCGUCCUUUUUUAUUUUUCUCUUCUUUCUUUCUUUCUUCCUUUCUUUUUUACUUUCUUUCUUUCUUUUUUACUUUCUUUCUUUCUUAUCUUCUUCUUCCUCUUCUCUACCUUCCUUUUUUAUUUUUCUCUUCUUUCUUUCUUUCUUCCUUUCUUUCUUACUUUCUUUCUUUCUUUUUUACUUUCUUUCUUUCUUAUCUUCUUUUUCUUCUUCUUCCUCUUCUCUACAUUCCUUUUUUAUUUUUCUCUUCUUUCUUUCUUUCUUCCUUUCUUUUUUACUUUCUUUCUUUAUUAUCUUCUUUUUCUUCUUCUUCCUUUCUCUACCGUCCUUUUUUUAUUUUUCUCUUCUUUCUUUUUUCUUCCUUUCUUUUUUACUUUCUUUCUUUCUUUUUUACUUUCUUUCUUUCUUAUCUUCUUUUUCUUCUUCUUCCUUUCUCUACCGUCCUUUUUUAUUUUUCUCUUCUUUCUUUCUUUCUUCCUUUCUUUUUUACUUUCUUUCUUUUUAA